CCGUGCGUUUGCGUUCCAUCCGCGAUGCGCGCGUCUGGUUCGCCACGUCUUGAUUAGGACACCGGGGGUGGGGCGACCGUGCUCCGUCCCGGUAAGGGGAGGGGAGAACAGGCAGCAGAGGCGGUACUUUCUCCGCGGUUGGCUUGGCGGCGCCGGAGAGUGUGCGGGACCAGGGCUGGAGAGAUCUGCCGGGGGAAGCAUCAAGCCAAGAAACCAGUCCAGUCCAGUCCAGCACGGAGCCUCGCUUGCCUGGCUGCGCCGUGCGCUCUUCUUUUGGAGGGGAGCCGCACCACAUUCCUGUGAACUAUAACUGCUUUGAAUGGCAUGUGGCUUGUAACUUUACUUCUGCUGUAUUCUUUGCAAGAAGUCAACAGUGAGGAUGUUGUCUCUACGCGGCUGUACUUUGUGAACGCCUCCCUGCAGCGGGUGACCUUCUCCAGCUCCGUGGGGGUGUCCCUGCCCUGCCCCGCGGGCGGCGCCCCCCACGCCGUCCUGCGUUGGUACCUGGCCGCCGGAGACGACAUUUACGACGUGCCCCACAUCCGCCACGUGCACGCCAACGGCACCCUCCAGCUCUUCUCCUUCUCGCCCUCCGCUUAUAACAGCAUCAUCCACGACAACGAGUACUUCUGCACCGCCGAGAACCAGGCGGGCAAAAUCCGGAGCCCCAGCAUUCACGUCAAAGCAGUGUUCCGGGAGCCAUACACAGUCCGUGUGGCCGACCAGCGCUCCAUGCGAGGUAAUGUCGCUGUCUUCAAGUGCCUCAUCCCCUCUGCUGUCCAGGAGUACGUCAGCGUGGUGUCCUGGGAGAAAGACACCGUGUCCAUCGUCCCAGGUAACCGUUUCUUCCUGACCUCAUUUGGAGCACUGUAUAUCUCCGAGGUGCAGAAGGAAGACGCUCUGUCCACGUACCGCUGUAUCACCAAGCACAAGUACAGCGGCGAGACUCGACAGAGUAAUGGAGCCCGGCUCUCUGUUAUGGACCCUACGGAGUCCACCCCGUCACUACUGGACAGUUUCCAGUCCGGUGAGAUGAAGGCAGGGCACAUCGUGGAGCUGCCCUGCAUCGCAUCCGGCUACCCAAACCCGGCCAUUAGAUGGUUGAAGGAUGGCCGGCCGCUGCCGGCGGACUCCCGCUGGACCCGGCGUAUCACGGGCCUCACCAUUUCGGACUUGAGGCUGGAAGACAGCGGCAACUACAUCUGCGAGGUCACCAACAGCUUCGGCUCCAAAGAGGUGACGGGUCACCUCAACAUCAUUGAGCCCCUUCGGGUCACCUUGUCCCCCAAGAACCUCAAGACGGGCAUCAGCAGCACGGUCAUCCUAUCCUGCGCCGUCCAGGGUUCUCCUCACUACACCGUGUCGUGGUACCGUAACACCGAGCCCAUCCUGCCUGACCAGCACUUCUCCAUCCAAGGCGCUCACAACGAGACCUUGUUCAUUUCGGCGGCUCAGAAAAGACACUCGGGAGCUUACCAGUGCUUUGCCACGCGCAAGGGCCAAACCGCCCAGGACUUCUCCAUCAUACUGCUGGAAGAUGGUACCCCACGAAUCGUGGCUUCCUUCAGUGAGAAGGUGGUCGUCCCAGGCGAGCCCUUUUCCCUGAUGUGCACCGCCAAAGGAGCGCCUCCGCCGACCAUCACCUGGACCCUGGACGACGAGCCGGUGGCCCGCGAUCUGUCCCGCGUGCGAGCCAGUCAGUACACGCACUCGGACGGGAGCGCCGUGAGCUACGUCAACGUCAGCAACCCGCAGAUUCGCGACGGAGGAUUGUAUCGGUGCGCCGCACGAAACUCGGCCGGUAGCGCCGAGUACCAAGCGCGCAUAAACGUAAGAGGCAAUCCACGGAUUCGACCGAUGAAGAACAUCACGGCCGUGGCAGGACGAAGCUGUUUUGUGAACUGCCGAGUGAUCGGCUACCCGUAUUACUCCAUCAACUGGUACAAGGAGGGACUUCUGCUACCUGACAACCAUCGCCAGGUGGUGUUUGAAAACGGCACCCUGAAGCUUACUGAUGUCCAGAAGGGGAUGGACGAGGGAGCUUACAUCUGCAGUGUACUCAUCCAACCUCAGUUGUUCAUCAAGCAAACUGUUUACAUCACAGUCAAAGUUCCUCCGCUGAUCCAGCCGUUUGACUUCCCGCCGACCUCCAUCGGCAAGUUGAUGUACAUCGCUUGCGUGGUGGCGUCCGGCGACAUGCCCAUCCGCAUCACGUGGCGCAAGGACGGCCAGGAGAUCGUGCCUUCCUCGGGCAUCACCAUCGACACCAAGGAGUUCAUGAGCUCCUUGCAGAUCUCCAAGGUGUCGCUGAAGCACAACGGCAACUACACCUGCAUCGCCAGCAACGACGCUGCCACCGUGAGCACUGAGAGGCAGCUCACUGUCACAGUGCCUCCUCGUUUUGUGGUGCAGCCCAACAACCAGGACGGAAUCUACGGGAAGUCGGGGAUUCUCAACUGCUCAGUUGAUGGCUACCCUCCUCCCAAGGUCAUGUGGAAGCACGGCAAAAGCGCGCUAGCGGGCAUCGGGAACCCACAGCAGUACCACCCCGUGCCUCUGACGGGCCGAAUCCAGAUCAUGAACAACGGUUCGCUACUCAUCCGUCACGUCCUGGAAGAGGAUCGUGGCUUCUACCUGUGUCAGGCCUCCAACGGGGUGGGCUCCGACAUCAGCAAGAGCAUGGCGCUCACUGUUAAGAUCCCAGCCAUGAUCACAAGUCACCCCAACACCACCAUGGCCAAGAAGGGUCACGUUAAGGAGCUGAACUGCACGGCUAGGGGGGAAUGGCCUAUCAUCAUCCGCUGGGAGCGAGGCGACACCGUCAUCGACCCUGACCGCAAUCCCCGCUACUCUAUUAGCACCAGCCCCAACGAGAAGACGGACGAGGUGUUGUCCACUCUCAAGCUAAAACCAGCAGAACGUGAGGACUCGGUCUUCUUCUCCUGUCACGCCAUCAACUCGUACGGCGAAGGACGUGGCCUCAUCCAGCUCACCGUGCAAGAGCCCCCGGAUCCUCCCGAACUUGAGGUGCGUGAAGUCAAAGAUCGCAGUAUGAACCUACGAUGGACGCAGAGGUUUGACGGGAACAGCGUCAUCACCUCCUACGACAUUGAAUACAAGAACAAGACAGAUACCUGGGAGCUGAAGCACGCUACUCGAAACAUUUCCCCCACUAACAAUCAGGCCAACAUUGUGGACCUCCACCCGGCGUCGGUCUACAGCAUCCGCAUGUACUCCUACAACGCCAUCGGGAAGAGCGAGGCCAGUAAGGAGCUCACGAUCAGCACGGAGGAAGCUCAGCCCGAUGGUCCUCCCAUGGAUGUGAUCUUGCAGCCGGUGACCUCUCAAAGCAUCAGGGUCACUUGGAAGGCUCCCAGGAAGGAGCUCCAAAACGGAGUGAUCCGAGGUUACCAAAUUGGUUACAGGGAAAACGGUCCGGGCAGCAACGGCCAAUACAGCAUUGUGGAGAUGAAGGCUACCGGAGAUAGCGAGGUGUACACGUUGGACAACCUGAAGAAGUUUGCCCAGUACGGCGUGGUGGUUCAGGCCUUCAAUAGAGCUGGCACCGGGCCCUCCAGCUCCGAGAUCAACGCGACCACUCUCGAAGACGUUCCCAGCCAACCUCCUCAGAAUGUGCGCGCAAUCUCCGUCACCUCAGACGAGGCGGUCAUCUCUUGGGUGGAACCCCCCAGGAUGACCCUGCACGGCGUUCUGAAGGGCUACCGUGUCAUCUUUUGGGCCGUCUUCCCCGACGGAGAAUGGGGUGAAAUGCAAAACAUCACCACAACCAAGGAGCAGUUGGAGCUCAGAGGUUUGGAGAAGUUCACCAACUACAGCAUCCAGGUGCUGGCCUACACACAGGCUGGCGAUGGCGUACGCAGCAAUGUCCUGUACAUCCAGACCCGGGAAGACUACCCCGGGCCCCCAGCUGGCAUCAAAGCUGUGCCCUCCUCUGCCAGCAGUGUGGUGGUAUCUUGGUUACCCCCCCAUAAACCAAAUGGAAUCAUCCGCAAGUACACCAUCUACUGCUUGAGCCCCGGAUCAGGCCGACCGAUGCCCAGCGAAUACGAAGCCAACCCGGAGCUGGUCUUCUACCGCAUCAGCCACCUCAACCACAGGCAGCAGUACUUGAUCUGGGCCGCGGCCGUCACCACAGCAGGACGCGGAAACUUCAGCGACAAGGUCACCGUUGAGCCCGCCGCCAAGGCCCCUGCUAAGAUCCUAUCAUUCGGAGGUACGGUGACCACCCCGUGGAUGAAAGAAGUACGGCUGCCUUGCAACUCUGUAGGCGAACCAACACCAACCAUCAAAUGGACCAAAGACAGCGAGAACACAGCCAUCCCGGUGUCUCUGGACGGACAGCGUCUCAUCAUGACCAACGGCACGCUGGUGCUACGCACUGUCAAGGCUGAGGAUUCGGGCUACUACACCUGCACGGCCACCAACACGUUGGGCUUUGACACCAUCAUCGUUAAUCUUUUAGUGCAAGUUCCUCCAGACCAGCCUCGGCUCACCGUGUCCACCACCUCUACUUCCUCCAUCACUCUGGCCUGGAUACCAGGAGAUAACGGAGGCAGCUCUAUCAGGGGAUUUGUGCUUCAGUACUCCGUGGACAACACAGAAGAGUGGAAAGAUGUGUUCAUCAGCUCGACCGAGCGCUCUUUUAAACUGGACAACCUGCGCUGCGGCACUUGGUACAAAGUCAAGCUGGCGGCAAAGAACAGCGUCGGAGCGGGACGCAUCAGUGAGAUCAUCGAGGCCAAGACGCACGGCCGAGAGCCCCAGUUCAACAAAGACCAACCCGUUUUCACCCACAUCAACUCCAGUCACGCCCGCCUCAACCUGCAGGGCUGGGCCAGCGGCGGCUGUCCGAUCGGCGCCGUGACUCUCGAGUUUCGCCCGAAAGGUACGUGGGCGUGGCAGAACGUGCGCACCAACGCCACCACAGACGUGUUCCUGGCCGAGCUGCGUGAGGCCACCUGGUACGAACUGAAGAUGAAAGCUUGCAACAGUGCCGGCUGUGGAAACCAGAGCUCCCAGUUUGCCACGCUGGAUUACGACGGCAGCACAAUUCCUCCCAUCAAGUCGCCCUUGGAAAAGAACGACGACGUCAAGAAGCUGUUUUCUAUCGGCUGCCCGGUGAUCUUGGUCACUCUUGGUGUGGCGCUCCUCUUCAUCAUCCGCAAGAAACGCAAAGAAAAGAGGCUGAAGAGACUGCGAGAUGCCAAAAGCCUAGCAGAGAUGCUGAUCAGUAAAAACAACCGAAGCUUUGACACGCCAGUGAAGGGCCCGCCUCAGGGCCCGCGCUUGCACAUCGACAUCCCGAGAGUGCAGCUGCUGAUCGAAGACAAAGAGGGCAUCAAGCAGAUCGGCGAGGACAAGGCCACCGUACCUGUGACCGACACGGAGUUCAAUCAGGCCGGGAACCCGCAAAGCUUCUGCGCAGGUGUGUCCGUUCACCACCCUGCUCUCAUCCAGAACACUGGUCCUUUGAUUGACAUGUCAGACAUCAGACCAGGAACCAAUCCGGUUUCCAGGAAGAGUGUCAAAUCGGCCCACAGCAUCAGGAACCGCUACUCCAGUCAGUGGACUCUGACCAAGUGUCAGGCUUCCACGCCGGCUCGGGUUCUCGCCUCGGACUGGCGCACGGUCAGCUCGCAGCACGGCGUCACCGAGAGCGACAGCUACAGCGCCAGCCUCUCGCAGGACACAGAUAAGGGUCGCAACAGCAUGGUGUCGACGGAGAGCGCCUCGUCCACCUACGAGGAGCUGGCCAGGGCGUACGAGCACGCCAAGCUGGAGGAGCAUCUGCAGCACGCCAAAUUCGAGAUCACCGAGUGCUUCAUCUCCGACAGCUCCUCCGACCAGAUGACCACGGGCACCAACGACAACGCCGACAGCAUGACGUCCAUGAGCACGCCCUCCGAGCCCGGCAUCUGCCGCUUCACCGCCUCGCCGCCCAAGCCCCAGGACUACGAUCGCGGCAAGAAUGUAGCCGUGCCCAUCCCGCACCGCGCCAAGAGUGACUACUGCAACAUCCCCCUCUACAUGAAGUCAGACCCCUUCUUCCGAAAGCAGUCCGAGCACCAUGACCCGUGUCCGGUGGUUCCCCCCCGCGAAGCCUCCAUCCGCGGCCUGGCCCAGCGGGCGUACCACACCCAAGGCCGUCACAUGACGAUGGACUCUGCAAAGCAGCAAGCCCUAACCAUGGGCCACUCUGGCCUGUCCAACCUCACCUCCUCUGGGGCGUCUUCCGGAGGAGCCUCUGGAGGAGGUGGAGGCGGCAUGUCCGCCAGCUCCAGCAGCUCCACGCUCCCACAGAGGACUCUCACCAUGCCGGGCUCCUCGGCAACGGGGGUCCAGAGCGCCGCGGCCGCCGCCGCAGCUACCGCCGCCGCCGCCGGGGCGUCAUCAUCCUCCGGCGGGGCUGUGGGGGCCACAGGAGGCACGCCAGGUGGCGCCUCCUCCUCCAAGAUGGGAGGAUCCAGAGACUCUCUUUUGGAGAGCAGCUCGUCAGGCUUGGGCAGACUACAGAAGCAGAGGGAUGGCGGCACCGGGGCUUACUCCAAGUCGUACACACUGGUCUAGCCUGACGUCGUGGCGGCUAACUGAGAAGGUCAAAUGUGGAGCGGAUAAAACACCGACGCCCGGCUCCUCUCCCGUGGAUGCCUGCGCUGUGCCAGGCCGCAGCUCGGUUGGGGGGGGGGGUGGUCUCUACAGCACAGGGGGUUGCCUUUCUUUCUGCCUGAUCGCGUGUGUCCCUCUUUUACGUCACCACUUGGCAAAACACGUAUGAUUUUUUUUUUUUUUUGUCCACUUCGACCUCCCCUGGUCCAAGGUAUGCACAAAAUCCUCCAGGCGGUUGCUUGAAUUUCACGCCAGUUCUGUUUUAGGAGAUCACGGCAUCCUGGAUGCAUUUGCCACCACUCCAUCAAAUUUCUCAGUGAGGGAAUUCUCAUUUCCGGCGAUGGAGAAUUUCAUCUGACGAUUUUUAAGCUUUGCGUGUGUGUGUGUGCGUGUGUGUGUGUUUGUGUGGCUAUAUGUAAAUAUAUACAGUACAUGUGCACGUGUGGCAGGCACACAACAACGGUGGACCUUUUUAAAAAUCAAGCUGUAUGCUGAGCGUCCAAACAGUAAAACCCGCAAUCCGUUUUGUACUUGCGUUUUGAUUUUUUUUUAACGCUGAUAUCGUUUGCCGUGGAAAGAAAGGCGAGGGCGGAACAAGUUACUCUGAAGAUGCCACAAGCGCAGUGGUCGUUCGUUCUACUUUGUUUAACUUCCCCGGCGUCAUUUCCAGACAUUAGCAAACGUGUAGAAAGAGAAAUUGUCACCUCAUAAGCCCCGCCCAUCCCCUAGAAAAAUGGAAUAUGCGGAGGAACAUAUUAAAGGGAGAAGUGAAUGAAUGAAUGAAUAAAUAAUUCCAAACACGUCCUUGGAAUGUUGGGUCAGUAAAAAGAGCCUCGGUGUAUUGGGUUUAGCUUUAUGCAUGGCGCUGUAUCUUUUGAUUUGAUUGGAUUUUUAUUUCUUCACCAUUCAUUCUCCAAUAGCAUAAUCUCAUCACAUAGAAUGAAUUCCAAAAACAUAAAAAAAUGGUUAAAAAAAUAGAGUUGCUCCAAAUGUUUUGCAAUGAUCAAACGUAACAAACAUCAGGGCUCUCGCAAUAGAAAAUAAUAUAUGUUUGUUUUCAAAUCAAAUACUAUAUGUACAUAUAUAUAUUUCUAUUCAAAUAUAUAGCAAAUAUAUGACUAUUGAGACAAAAAAAAAAAAAACUAUUAAAGCCGUUCUAAAUUGAAAAUAUAUUAGAAAAGAUCACAAGACAAUCGCUCCGAAAGAGAACGACAAAGAGGCGAGUGACUUUAACGGGUAGCACAAGCGUCACGGCCGGCCGGGAGGAAAGAAGACGACGAGGCGCCGUCAUCUUUCUCUCCUCCUUGUGAUCAGGCUGAACGUGGACGCGGCUUGGAAGACAAAGCACAGUCGAGUUGUGGUGUGAGAUUGUGUUGCUAGGUAGAAAACAAAUAGUGUGUGGUGAGCUUGCUGUUGAAAAAGAAAGAAAAAGAGUCAAAACAAGAGCAGAGCAUACAGUGGAUGGGAAAAGUCUUCACACCCUUGUUGAAAUGACACAUUUUGCGAAAGUAAUAGUUUAAAAAAAUGUAAUAUUUUUUUUCCAACAUUAAUAUGAUCUAUAACCUAUAUAACUAAUUUAGAAAAUAUUUUAAAAAUAUGAUUUAAAGAGGAAAUCAAAUAUAUAAAUGAAAUAAUGUGGUUGCACAAGUGUGCACACCCUCUUAUAGCUGGAGAUGAGGCUGUGUUCAGAAGCAAUCACAUUCAACCUGAUGUUAAAUGGAAAUGAGCACACACCUGCCACCUCACUUUUUGACUUUUUCUUUUUUUACUUUCCCUCUUAAAAAUACAUAAUUUAUUUUUAUAGCGUUCUCAUUUUUUUUAAUAAGCAUUUGAACAGGGGUGUGUAGACUUUUUCUAUCCACUGCACAGUUAAGUGAGUGAGCCUGUUGUAAUAUGUUGUAUUGUACCUUCCAAAUGUGUGUUCACCAACGAUGCCAUGGCACCCUACCGGACUACUUUCUACGUCACCUUACGUUUCCACUUCAUGUACGUUUUGCAGAAACACAUUUUAGAUGGCCUGUUGACGUCCUGUCACGCGCAUAUCGGAUAGAACGACAACAUUUCCGCUCAAGUUUCCACGACACAUUGAUCUGAUGUCACUUUGCUCAAAGUAAAUCCAAUGUCUCCUACAGAAAAAGCUCGUGUGAAGGUUCUUCAUCCAAAUGCAAUGCCGUUGAGGAAGUUUUAUUUUCAAUGCAAAUGGAGUAUUUUUAAUCCAUGGUGUCUUCAGUUGAAAAAAAAAAUGUGAAGCAUCCUCGGUUUUGGGAAUCCCCUCCCCAAAUGCUUUGUCAUCAGCUCAACCAAUCAGAGGCCCCUCCUCCCACAGUAUGACAUCAUUUCUAUUCCAUCAGUAGAAACCCUGUGUACAUAGGAAAAGUGUUUUUGUAUAAAUGACGACUAUUUUCAACAUCUUCACUAGAUACCAGGGCACAAUGUAAACUUUAAAUUGAAGUUAUUGUAUUGAAGCGAGAGGACUUAAUGGAAAACUAUUUAAAAAAAAAAAAUGAAUAGAAUUAUACAGAAAUUGCUUUAUCUUGAUUUUGUGAAACAAGUCAGGGUGGACCAUGCACAAUUCAAAUAUGAUUUCUUCUUUUACAGGACAUUUGGUUGCAUUGUCUUCUUUGGUUUGGUUUUGUUGAAGUUUGAAUCCCGCUUGAGGACAGAAGCAUUUGCAUGUUGUGAACAUUCUGCUGGUUGCCAAGUGGCAAAUGCUGAAACGAGGGGUCAUGAAAACAUUUUGAAAAAGCGGCGCUUGUUCCUUCAUUCCUAUUUUGCGGGCAAACGUUUGCUUGAAUUUGCAAUUGCUUGUGUUGAACUCGACAUUUUCCUUUUCUAUGAAAAUAAACAAAAUGCAGGAAAAAAAAUACUCAACACCUUGUGCAAUAAAGCUAUCUUUUUAUGAACUGUGA